CGGAGGUGCAGAAUGUGACGUAACUGAUCCCCGUUCUGAUUACCAACCAACCAGCUUUGCUAUAAUAAUAAUACCCUGUCUAGGCUUUGGACAGACUACUAUUUAAUUGUCACUGAACACUGAGUACGUUCGAAUACCUCAGUGACGUAGAAUAAGAAUCGCACUUACUAAGGUAUUGUUGACAUGGCAUCCGCAACGAAAAUCCAUCUCUCGCCACAAUCCGACACCGGCGCCUGGAGCACAGGGAUAACACCGGAGUCAGCCAGGACAGCAAGCGAGGUCUUGCAGGAGGACUUGGAGAAGCAUCAUGUUUACUUCAAUGAGAUGGGUUUUCAUAACCACAUCCCGCACCACAUACUAACAAUCUACGCCCUGGGCGCAACCCCGGAUGAGAUCCGCGCUGCCUAUGAGCGGAAUAAGGCGUAUCAGCGGCCUGCACUGGCCGUGAAUGAGGAUGUAGUGCGUGCGCUUCACGACAAAGGCAAGUUCCGACAGGCGCUGGGCGACGAGGGCAAUUAUGCGAAUUUCCUCGCGUUCUUUCAGCAGGAGAUCCAGCGGGGUGGUGUCGAGUUUGUUUUGAAGGAGUACCUGUUUAAGGAGGAUGAGAAUGCGGAGAGUUUGAUGGCGAGGUUGUUCGGUGGCCUCCUCCAUCCGAUAAUCCAUCUUGGUUUCGGGCUCGAGUUCAACCAGCCGGCCAUCGUGGCUGAAGCACUCGCGCAGACAGCAGUGCACGAUGACUGGACGGGGCUCAAGUAUCUCUUCCCCAUUGAGAAGGCUGCUGGUGGGAUUGGCAAGAAGACGAACAAGACGAUGCUGCAGCUGCUUGAAGAGGCGCGCGCAGACAAGAAACUAGCCAGCUCGGUUCGCUUUGACGACGGGAAUAAACUGCGCGACGGGGUUCUCCUGCGUGCGCCGGAGGAGAUGCUCAAAUAUGCGUCGCAGUAUACGGUUUCUGAAGAGGAGAUGUGGGAGCGGUUUGUGGAGAUGGUGAAUGUUUCUUUGUAUUUCACCGCUGCAGCCCAACGCCCGUCUAAACAGGUCAAGUUUGACUUUUUCUACAUCCACUCGGUUAACUCGUCGAUCUUCUUCACUAAGAUCCUAGCGCUGGGUUUUCUCGACACGCGCACGAAGCUCCGCCUGCUGGAGGCCAAAGGACGCUUGGAUCUCUUGCUGUACAUCUCCCGCAAUGCACCGGAGCUGUAUCUCGAUGAAAUCACCAAAUACCCUGUCUCGAAUGACUGGGAUGCAAUCACUGCCCGGGGUAAUAGACAUCCGCGGGAUGACGGGCAUCUUUCCAAGUUGAUACGUGCGUUGAGGAACGGAGAGAGCGUUUGUCGUCCGUAUGAGGGGAGGGCGGGGGAGUUAGGGCUGAAGAUUACGGGGGAUGCGUGGUUGAGGAUUGGAAAUAUGGUCAAUGAUUCAGUGAAUGGCGAGGGAGAAGAGCCUAUGUGGGUUCGGUCGACGGGGUUCGACGAGGCCUGGGUGCAAAUUGGGGAUCGAGCCAGGCUAUAGUAUAUGGCCUAUGCAUGAUGAAACCCAAUCUCCACUCUUUAUACCUUUGAUGGUUUAUUUGAUCAUGAAAUAACGACAUUGAUGAGUGAAAUAGUUACUGGAUUCAAUAAUAACACAACUUGUCUUCUAUCGACAUAUCAAGUUCUUAUAUAAGAAGAGACAAAGCAAUACUCCGUUAACCCUC